UUCAGAAACAGAUCUUCACAGACAGACAUACACAGCUUCUCAUCAGCUUCCUGGAUACUCUACUACACAACAUCCUACCGGUCUUUCAGGAAUAUUUGAUACCAGUAUGCACAGUGCUGGAAGUAACACUAAGGAAACUUCUUCAGUUAUGAACUUUCUCUCUGCUAUUGAGUCUCGUACUGCUCAAGCAGUCUCUUCAGGAUCUACCCUUUUACCACAAUUCAGGGCUCCUUCCUGGCAGACAGGUAUGCAUUCCUCAACAGCCACAGAACUAUUUGUUACUGGAGCUUUGCCAACCUCCGGAACUUUUCCACCGACAUCUGCUUUAUCAGCGUAUCAGCAUCCCAACACUUUCAGCAGUAGAAACUUUGCUACUACCCCUUCUCUUACUCUUCAAGAUACUACUUUCAGUGCUACAUCCAACGGUCUCUUAACUCCCCAUGAUCCUUUAUUACAGAUCAAAACCUCUCAAGGCACUGUUCCAACCGCUCUGUCAUUCGAGCGCCUGGGCAGCUCUGUCCUGAGCACCAGUGUCCCCCCCCAGUCAUCAACCUAUCGUUCUGCUCAAGAAUCUGCACCACAUCUGUUGCAACCUCAAUUUAGUCUGUUGCCUUCAACCCUUGGAGGAGCUCAGCAGGUUUCUCAGGCGUACAGCACAUCUGUCUUUACUGGUUCCACAGCUUCCAUGGAUAGAGCACUUCAGCGAGAAUGUAGUGUUAUUAAGCACCAUCAGAGGCCUUCAAGUACUCAGUCUGUUCAGGCUCAACUGACUGUUUCACAGCAUUCCUUACACAGCUAUUUAACGAGUACGAGUGGAGUUAAUUUUCAGGACACAUCUAGGCACUCAGCGUUGUCCUGCAGUCCUGUUGGAGAUGUUACUCAGGUGAGCAAUGGAGGAGCACAGCAGAAGACUUCUCAAGUCACAGUGGAACUUGCUCAGUCAUACACGUCUGCGAUUCCAUCGCCUGGUUUUCCAUCUGCUUCCGCAGCAAAAGUGAAGAACUGUUCCAUGAAGCAGCCUCCGAGGUCAGCAAAGACCCCCAAACCUCAAAGUGUAGCUCCCACUGUGCAGACACAAAGCUAUGCCAAAACUGCACAAAACCAGAGCUCUGUCAUUACAGGCCAAGCACAGAUCUAUUCCACAGCACAGCUCCCGAGCCUCUUGUCAGUCAGUCAGUCCCAAAACUAUGUGUCAUGCCAGGCUCAGAACGUGCCCCCCGUCAGUCACUCGCAGGAUUUCUCAUCCAGCAAGGUGGAGAAGCUGCCCUCGCUGUAUAAAACAUUGACUUUUUCUGGGCAAUCACAAGCUAUUACUUCUGAUAGUCAGACUCUAAGUUACUCCUCAGAGGAACAGGUAUUGACCUCAGUUCCAAACGAGAGCUACUCUGGGCAAACGAGGGAACUUUCUUCAGUCAGCCAAUCUCAGAGCUACUCUUCUAGUCACUCUCAGGGUUUAUCUCCAGUUACCCAGUCCCAAGUGAAUUUUUCAUCUCAAUCACAAGCUCUGUCAGCUGUUAGUCCUUCAGAGAGCUAUUCUUCAGGGCAAUCCUUAACAUUGACAUCGCCUUCUCUUUCCUUUAAUGCCUCUCCUCGGGUACAAACCCUUCCAGCCUCGAGUCCUAAUCAAAGCUAUAUUUCUUUACAUUCUUCUCAGAACUCUCAGUCACAAGAAUCCUCCUCUCCACAGUCUCAGAAGUUUUUGCCAGCUGUGCAGUCUCCUUUUGCAUCCCCAGCUCAUUCCCAGCCGCUGCAGAACAACAGGCCUUCCUCAGAAACAAAGACUUAUGUGAAAAGGAAGUCUGACUCUAACUUGUAUGCCUCAUCAAAACAAGAGGAGGAGUUGUCAAUGCAGGAUAUGCAGGCAUUGCAACAGCAAGCUACUCUUGAAUCUUCCACUCAAAGCCUAACUGAGGAGGAAAUCAAUGCUCAGGAUGCUUCCUAUAGGGUCUCAAAAGCAGAUGACAGAUACUCUCAGAGUGUAAUCAGAAGUAACUCUCGUCUUGAAGAUCAAGUUGUUGGACUUACUCUUCAAGGAACAAAAAAAGAUGAAAGAAUGGUCAAUUCUGUGGAGCAGCUUUCCCAGCACAUUGGCCAUAUCAGUAGCCUAAGCCAUGAUGUAAAGAAAACAGGUAACUUAAUGAGAACAACACAAGUAACUGUGAGUGCUAAAGAGCUAAACCAGCCACAUUCUCUUAUGCAUAAGGUACAUGAAAGUAAAGCUCAAGAACAGCAAGGCCAAUUCAUUAGUACAUCAUCACAGGUUCAACCUCAUGCUCUAAGACAUGGUCAUCAGCUGUGUUUGCCCAGUGCACAGGUACUUCUGGAGUCAACCUGUGACUUGCAGAUUCUUCAUCAGUCAAUACUGCAGUCAGGUUUAGGACAAGCAAAGGCAUCACCACAAGUGCAAAGAAUACAGAGUCCUCAACAGGUGACACACCCGUUCCUUCAGAUGGAUGGUCAUAUUAUUCAGAGCAAUGGGGGUCAUUCUCAGCAGCAGCUUCACAGUCAGAAUUCAGAAGUAAUGAAAAUGGACAUUUCUGAGCCUUCCAAACCACUACAGCAGCAUUUGACAGCUAAAGAUCAUUUUAGUCAGACAAAUCAACAUGAUUCAAAAAAUCAGUUUGUUUCUCUUAGUUCAAUAUGUUUCCCAGAAUCUAUACUUCUCAGUGAUGAGAGGAAUAUAUUAUCCAACGUGGAUGACAUCUUAGCAGCAACAGCAGCAGCCUGUGGAGUGACACCAUCUGACUUUGCCAAAUCAACCUCUAAUGAAGAGGAAAUCCAACAGGCUGUUGAAAAUAGUGAGGAGUCUAAAACACAGUUCCGAUCAUUGGAUGUAAGACAUGUGUCUUCUGUUUUCAGUGCCUCACCUACUGUAGUUGGAAAGCCAACAAGCAUAAAUAAUAUUUCUCUGAAUGGAGGCCAAAUUACUAUCAAUCUUACCCCAGUGUCAGCAAUACAGACAAAAACUGUGAACCUGGAUCAACAGCACAUUGAAACUUCUAAUCAAAAUGUACCAGCAAGAAUAACCUCUCCCACCCUUGGUCCUGGUCAAGAAGAGCAAGAACAAGGUGCUGUUCCAGUUAAGAAACAAUCUAGCAUCAGUCAUGAUUCUGAAGAAGAUAAUGAUGCUUCUGUUGAUGGUACACUGAAUGCAAGAGACACAGAGUUUGUUUCAAGUGGUAGAAGCCUAAGUGAAGAAAGUGCUGCUUCAGAGAAUGACUUCAGUAUGGGUGGUGAUGAUGGUACAGGAGCAGGUAACCAGUCAAAGGUUCCAUUGCAGCCACUAUCUGUGCCCCAGAGUGGAGAUGGAGCCAUUAAUAGAAUCGAAGAAGAAUGCCAAGAUUUAACUCAAGGGAACCUCCAGAAGAAAAAAAGCAAAGGAAAAAGCCAAAACAAAAAUGCUGCAGAAGAUGACAGUGCAAUUCAGAAACAGGUAAAAAGAAGUGGACAGUGUAAACGUCAAAACUCAAGAGGAAAUGACUCAUGUUUGACAUACUCUUCUCCUGUUUCUGAAAGUUGUUAUGAUACUUACCAACAUCAGGAAAGAAUGAGGCAAAAAAUCAAAGAAGUUGAAGAAAAACAGCCCGAAGUCAAAACAGGAUUUAUUGCAUCUUUUUUAGACUUUCUGAAGUCUGGGCCUAGGCAACAGUUUUCCACUCCAGCUGUCCGAAUGCCAAACAGGACUAGGCGACCAGUUCCACAAAUAGUUCGCUCCCCUUGCCUGCAGUCCUCUGCAAAGCCUCAGCCUGCAGCAGCAGCACCUGUGGCAGCUGAGGCCAGUGGAGAAAGCCCAACCAAAAAAGCUGAUUUAGAACUUAAGAAAAAUUUAGAAACGUUGCCUUCGUUUUCUUCUGAUGAAGAUGAUUCUGUGGGUGGUAACCAUGACCUUCAGAAGUGCAUCUCUACUGCAUUGUCAGCCCUGGAUGACACGUCUGAUAGAAAGAUCAAAUCAGAAGCUGAAAAAAUGACAGUUGUUACUGCUGCUGCCACUGCCACCACUGCUGUAAUAAAGCAGGAAUCUCCCCAGACAAGUGCUCCUGUAGGCAAUGUGCAGGAGAAAACGAAUCCAGCUGAUCCUUUGAAAGCUGCUCAACAGGAUGCUGUGAGCUCAGAGCAACUGGCCAAGGUCCAGGAGACUGUUGCAAUAGAAGGAUGUACUGACGAGGAGAACAUGGACAGUGGAGGAGAAGGAAUGUACAGGGAACGGGAUGAGUUCGUAGUGAAGAUUGAAGACAUAGAGACACUAAAGGUUGCUCUGCAAACAGGAAAAGAGCCUCCAGCUAUCUGGAAAGUACAGAAGGCUUUAUUGCAAAAGUUUGUUCCUGAAGUGAGAGAUGGACACAGAGAGUUUGCUGCUACUAACAGUUACCUUGGGUAUUUUGGGGAUGCAAAAACAAAAUACAAACGAGUGUACGUGAAGUUUGUGGAAAAUGCAAACAAAAAGGAAUAUGUCAGAGUAUGCUCAAAAAAACCUCGAAUCAAGCCUGUACAGUCAGCAAGGACUAUUCACUGCAAGCCUAGUAAUAGCAACAACAAAACCCCUGAUCCACCAACACCAAAACCAACAGCAACAAAAGUCUCUUCUGUGAAACCCAAAGCUAAACAGCCAAAGGUAAAGGCUGAACCACCACCAAAGAAAAGGAAAAAGUGGAAAGAAGAAUUUUCAUCUUCCCAGUCUGAUUCUUCACCCGAGGCCCAGAGUGAAGAGGAUGAGGUGGUACCUCCAGCUCCCCUUGUCACUCGCUUUUUGAAUACAAGAGCUAUGAAAGAGACUUUUAAGAGCUACAUGGAGUUGCUUGUUAGCAUUGCCUUGGAUCCAGACACAAUGCAAGCCUUGGAAAAGAGCAAUGAUGAGCUGCUUUUGCCUCACAUGAGAAAAAUUGAUGGUAUGCUGAAUGACAACAGGAAGAGGCUGCUGUCCAAACUGCGCUUGGAUCAUGCUUUCAAGAAUGCUUUGGAAAACUUCCCUGAACUGACAGUGAUCACUCGGGAUUCUAAGACAAAAUGUGGAGGAACAUCUGUGUCUAAGAUCAAAAUGAAUGGUAAAGCUUACAACAAAAAAACACUGAGGGCUUCAAAAUCAACCACUAAAUUAGCACAGGAGUUUACAGUAGAUCCAGAAAAAAUACAGUUGUAUUCUUUGUAUCACUCACUCCAUCAUUAUAAAUAUCACAUAUAUCUAACGUGUAAGGAAGAGAUUUCUUCUGUUCAGAAGACGAGUGCAGAUCUAGGCCAGGAGGAGAUUGUGCAGCUGUGCAUGAAAAACAUAAAAUGGGUGGAGGAUCUCUUUGAAAAGUUUGGUGAACUGUUGAACCGUGUCCAGCAGAAAUGCUCCUAACAGCAGUGGAUCCAGGUCUCCCGUUCUCCUGCAGCACUAACCUGCUGGGACAGAAGGCUCAGAGAGGCUCUGCUUUCUCUGCCCAUUGCAGACUCUGUUCUCCUUCCUAGCCAUGUCUACUUCUCUUUAUGGAACUUUGUGCCUUGGCUCAUGCUGAGGAAGAGUGUGAUGCUGCCAAGGAAAUCAGUCCUUUGGAGAUGGAACUAAACAAACCUAACCACGUUUUUAACCUGAAGAGUUAUUUUCUAUUUUGUAAACUAUUGGAUAACUUAGUUUUAUUUUCAGAAAUGUUUUUGACAAGUGAUAAAGCAUGCACUACAUAUACUUUUUUUUCUUUAUUGCUCAACAGAUAACACUUAAAAUACUACAGCUUUUUCCAUCCCUGACUAAGCGAGAGAAAAGUCAGCGUUGGGGUGAACUCAUUUUUCCAUGCCUGGCCACCAAAUUUAGAGUUUUGUACAUUUUGUGAACAGAGCUGGAGUGACAUCAGUUUCUGCAUCCAUAAUAUUGCCAUCAUAAAAUCCAGAAAUAUCAUUAUGCUUUAUGGACUCCUUUUACUAUUGUCAUGUUCAGGAGACUGAACAUGGAGUUGGUGCAAUCCUAUGACUGCUUUUGUGUCAAAUUAUAUUGUAAUGAAAGACAAUGACCUUAACUAUUUUCCCUG